AUGAGCGGAUGCAUUAUGGCGUUUUUGUAUCGACGUGCAAGAAGAAAUCAUGAGGUAACACUUGUUGAGUGCAAUCGAACUUCAUAGCAACUAAAAGUUAACUUGAUCAAACGCCCACAAAACUGUUUUCUAACUAUAAUCGCUGUUAAAUAAAAUUCGCAAGAAUACUCAAAGCGGAGAAUAAGCUAUCCUUUUUGUUUUGAACCGUUGGGCAUUUCGAUCGCCAGGGCAUUUGUAACGAUGUCUAACUCCUUAAAACUGCUCUCAGUUGAACAUGUUGCACUUCUGUCUGUAUCAAUAUCAGGGCAAUGAAGUUGCGGAAGAGAUCUAUGUGGCCUGCAUAGACAACAAAGAUUUGGCUGAGGUGAUACUGAUAAAUAUGAAUGCUGAUACGGAAGAAAGUGAGCUUUUAGAGGUAAAUGCUAUCACUCCGUUGUUAGUUGUUAAAAAUAGCAAUGACAAUGUGCAACUAAACAAUAAAAAGCAUACGCAUGACGACUGGAGAGUUGACUCGAUACCGAGAGUAUCGUCUGAGGAAAGAAGGACUCCGACUCCACUAGAUGUCGGAGAUAAACAUUUCCUAAAUUCCAUCUGUGAUCAAAAAGGCCAUGCAGAAGAGUUGUUUAACUCACGAAAUGGUCACCAAAGUGCCGAAGAUGGCUGUGGUCACUGUGAUGUCAACAUUAUUUCGUAUCAAGACAGUGGGAUGGAUAGUGACAAAGAUAGCGACGAAAUACAAACAUCUCUCUUCACUGAGAUAGAGGAGAGCGAAAAAAACCAAGGUACUCUCGAAGUACUCGAUGAGGUACUAGGUGAAGGAGAAUAUGGAAUCGUUUACAAAGGUCGCUAUGGUGGAAGGAAUGGUAGCAUUACUGAUGUUGCAGUAAAGAAGUUGAAAGGUAUGCAUAAGGAUCCUAUUCUAUUGGCUUAAAUCUUUACUCAGUUAUUGUUUUCUCGACAGUGUGGGAGGAUCAGUAAAUAAAAUUCGAUUAUACGUAUUUUUGGGACUAUUGUAUGUUACCCCAUUGCAAUCUGAAUUCUUAAACUUAAUAUCUGUAGCAAGGUGUUUAGACUGGCAGUGUAUUCUCAGUAUUCUUCGUUUUCUUUGCAUUCCACGUACAACACAACGUAACUAACUAAUGAAUAAUUAUGACCUUUGUUUAUUUUUUUUUCUUCAGGUAAUGCUUGCACACUUGGGAAAGCCGCGUUGCUGAAUGAGAUAAGAACGUUGAAACAGGCUGGACGACAUCCCAACAUUGUCAACCUAAUUGGAACAUGGAUUCAAGGAGGUGAGACUUAUUUCGACUAUCCAAAUAAUAUUCUUGCGAAUCUACACAAAAAAUAUGUGUUUAUUCAUGUAAUGAAGUUUACAGGGCAGGGCAAUCAGGUUGCAAGAAAACUCGAUCUCGCAGAGAUUCUAAUGCUGAACAUCUCCAAGGAACUAUGCAAAGAAUUAUGCAAAUGAGCUUUGAGACGAGCACAAUUCAGCAAACACAUGGAUUUGUGGUGUUUUCAAGAUGUUAGUGAAUGAAAGUUAGACAGAUACCUGCGGGAGUAUAUGCUAUGCACUGAUAUGCUUUUUUGCCCCGAUUUACGCCUGAAUUUUGAGAAUUCUCUCAUACAAAUCGGUAAAUUUUUGAUAUGCAAAUAUUAAUUAAGAUCGAAGAGGUCUCCUCAGGUAACGCUGUAAUGGAAAAUAUUUCAGGUGAAGUUUCCAUCUUUUGUCUGUACACUGACUGAAUACAUCAUACAAUUUGUAGCGAGAGCGAAUUCCGUGAGCUGUAUUAAUGCAGUCGCUUCGCGCUGAAGAAAAUCUGUGAAAUUUACACUUUCGAUCGCUCUCCACACGGGUGGUAUGGCCAAAAUCAAUUUUAGCUUGCGACCACGCAAAAAGGAAAUAGGAGAACAAAUAAACUACUUUUGAAAUAUGUGUCCUAAACCCUUUAUUAUGGGCAAGUAGUGAAGGAAAACUUUUUUUCCGACGGGAAGUAGAGAGGACCGCUCUCAGCGAGAGCGCUACUUAAAAUUGCAAACUCAUUUUUUUGUCUUUAUCUAAUCUACCAAAGGUAUUUGGUAACUUUUGCAAAAAUGAUGCCGCCAACCCGCGGUACUCCCUAACGUGCAUGCUUAUGGCUGGUUUGAGGCUGCUUUCUCCCGUCGUCGAGUUCCCAUCAAUUUGUAGCAGCAAAUUUGUUCCUGAUAGCCAACUUUUCUUUCCUUAGAGACAAUUCUUGUCGUCACCGAAUUGGUCCAUGGUGGUAGCCUUGAAAGCUUUUUGAGGUGCAAGGGUGACGGAGGUAGCGAAUAUGCGAAUGUGCACUGUAAGCUGAAUGACCGACAGCUGCUUAAAAUUGCUCUACAUGUGGCCUUGGGAAUGAAACAUUUAGAAGAGCAGAAGGUUAGCCGGAUCUUUUCCUAGCGAAGCUCCUGAUGGAAAUUUAACUCAGUUAUUUACUAUCCGAGAAUAUUUGCACGAUAGAGAAUCGAUAUGGUAACUUUUUUUUUCAGUGCAUUCACCGCGACCUUGCCGCGAGAAAUGUUUUUAUCGAUCCAAACAUGGUGGCAAAAGUCGGAGACUUUGGAUUAGCAAGGGAAAUCACAGAGGAUGGAUUAUACAUCAAGACCUCAUGCGUAAGUACUCCGCCACUAAUUGUUACUUUUCUAACUACUUUUACUAAUACCGACUGUAUUAAAUUCUUUCCCUCUAAACCAGACAGACAAAUGGCCCCAUAUAUAUCCUGCCACAAUUGAUUUCGAUUACCUUAUUUAUGAUCUAUGGUAUAACUAACAUUCAGACAAACGGAUGGAAAAUCCUCAGAUUGGCGUAGUGACUUGUUGGCUUGUUCAUUCCAGUUUAUACAAGCUAAUGUUACAAGAUCAUGCACACCUCCCAUUUUCACAGGGUAAAGUUCCAUGGAGAUGGUCGUCUUUAGAAUCUCUGCGAGAUCGAGUUUAUACAUCCAAGAGCGAUGUGUAAGUGACACGAAAAGUAGUAUACAAAGUUGUUAUAUCCCCGAUGCAAACGUAGAGCAUCUUGGAACGAAACCGUUUUAGGAUUGUUCCAAGCCAGGCUUGAUCGCAUUGUCUGAAAAGCCAUCGUCAAAAAUAUGUAGUGUUCAGUGUCAAAGCAUGAUAAUUAAUGACUCUCAGACACUUUCAACUAUAAUUGUUGGUUGUUAUUGUUGUUUUUAUUUUCAACUGUAAAUUUUCAAAUAGAAUGGGAAGGGUGGUAAGUUUUACGCUCGGUAAAAAGCUCUGAUCCCCAUCAGGAUUCGAACCUCAGACCUGGGGGACGACCCAUGGGGAAUUUUUCCUUUGUCCCAUGCUCGUGAUAAGACGAGAAACCUCUUUCUCUAUUUUCUUAACAUGUGCACCCUGAAACUAAAGGUUCUAGAAAUAGAAAAACCACUGAAUAGCCACUUUUGAGAUGUGGCCAAAAAUGCGUGAAAACGUAUUCCUCAUCUAAUGCAGCAGCACAAUACCCCCAGGAAAGGAUAAACUAACCUGGUUUCACUACUAAUUAACGAUUGUAACGAUGUUGUACAGAGAUUUCAUAUACCAAAAUUACAACAAAUAAAAAAAAGAAAGUGGUCAAGACUGACCAACCUUGAAUGACUUAAUUUUCCCGCAAAACGCUUAAAUAAUGCGAAACUUCCAAAAUGCCACGCGAAUCUCUUCAACUUGUGGUCAGAAUAUUAAUUUCAGACAAAUUCGUUCCCAUGUCAAUCAAGCGUCAGCAAGUGUAUACUUAACUGAAAAUAAGUCAUCAAUCGUUGCUUUUUGGCGUUUUUUUUUUUUUUCCGCCCAUUUGAAGGUGGUCGUUUGGCAUAUUACUUUGGGAAAUGGCAACUUAUGGUAGGUCAUUAAAUAUUUGAUGAAGUAGAAAUGUCAUUAUAAAAGUGAGUACUGACGACGGGAAAAGAGUCGGGGAUGCGUACAAAUUCUCAUUGGUUCCAGAAUUCCAAAAUACUUUCUUUUAUAACCUGGGAGAGGUUUUUGAAGGGGGGAAAAUUAGGCAAUUUUUUGAACAUUAGUUAAAUAGUAUGUCAUUCCAUAAGUCAAUCACGAUGGAUCAAACGGAUUAUUUUAAUAAGUUGAAAUAUUUUAGGAACAACAAUAAUAUUAUCAGGUUUCAUUUGCAAUUUCGAGGUCACUGGCUAUAUGUCAACAGAUGUGUCAGAGGGAGAGACAGCUUAAAACCACAUAAUCAAUUAAGGUCUAGUUACUGUUGUUAGGCAAAGUCUCUUAUUAGUUAUUUUGCUUAACAGGUGACUCACCAUACCCUGACAUUCCAACGCCACUUGCCUUGGUAAGUCGGCUUUCUACGGGCUACCGGAUGUCACUUCCCCAUCAAUGCUCGGAAGAACUGUAAGCUUCUCGAUCAUUUUCAAGCAUGUGUAUUUAUGUGUUUACAUUUAUUCUAUCAGUUAACAAUUUCGACAUUAUUCAAGUAAAUAAAACCAUUUCACCUGGGAGAGGAAUUAAUAAAGGGUUUGUGUCUUUUUAGAUUUGGAACUCCAUCUAGGUUACAUGUCGCUGUUCGAUGCUCUGCAGUUUGGUUGUGUUAAGAUUGUUUGAGUUGAAUGAAUAAAUAGGUGCAAAAAAUUAAUGAAUGAUGCAACUUAUUUGUAGAUAUACGCUGAUGAGAUCUUGUUGGAACGAGAAUCCUUUGAUGAGACCUUCGUUUGCUGACAUCGUAGAUCAGCUGGAAUACUUCUUGCGAGAAGUAAAGGUGAGUGAAAUUGAAUUUAGGCACUUCCUUCCAUUCUUUCCUAUUUUUAUCAUUUAAGUAAUUAAACUCAUCACCAAUAGAUGAGUUUGGGAACUGGUCACCCCACAAUAACGCACGCUUGAUGAGGAGACCGCUGACCACAUUAGCUCGCAAUUUCACUUUGUCUAAAUUAUAUUUAGCCACAUUAUGUUGAUUCCAUUUGAUAAGAUUACAUAAUAUAAUCUUUAAGUUUUCAAAUGAGUAGACUUCUGUAGAGAAGAGUCAUACGAGAUCAAUGAAGCAGCGACAAAUAUUGAAACACUCUCCAUUGCACAAACGGCUAUAAAAAUAUUUAUGACCAAAUAUGCUCUACAAAGGAAGACAACAUAAGUAGAAGCAUUUCUCAGAUAAAAGGUUGGUAAGAUUAGAGUGGUUCAAACGGUGCACACUGCUUUCCUAAUUAACGGUAUCUCACGAGUUUUUUCUCUAUCUCUUUUACAUCUACCGCCUUGUCACUAUUUUCUUUACUAUCUGCUGUUUUUAUAUGAUUACCAUUUUUUUUUCAUUUCAAGCUUCACUCGUGCAUCUAACCUGAAUAUCUUCUUCUCUUUGAUUCAUUAAUUUCAGAGGACAUAUAUUAACAUCACCGAGGAUGAAAUAAGUGGAAGAUUUGAAGUGAACUAG